AUGUCUGCCGCCGCCGCUCGACCGCCCACCCUGCCCGCACCCUUCUCCCCCGAUACCGUCGCAGGCCUCUGCCUCCACGAGCCGAAGCACUUCAAGGUCCAGCUCCAGUCCACUGCGCACCGCGCCGCCAUAAUCGCACACUGGGUCAUCCCCGCCGGCGCGCGCGGCGACACCACUGCCGUGCUAGCAGAGCUCGUGGGCGAGACCGGCCACGUGACUGGCGUCGACCCUGGCGCGCUCGAUUACGGCUCGCCGUUCACGCUCGGCCAGGCGCAGGCGCACCUCUCCGCCGGCCCCCUCGGCCCGCGCAUCACCUGGGCCCACGCCGACCCACUCGCCUUCCUCGCCGCCCGCGCGCCCGACGCGCCGCCCUUCGACGUCGCCGUACUAUCCCUCUGCACGUGGUACUUCGCGUCCCCGCGCGUGCUCUCCGCGCUCCUCGCCGCCCUCGCGCCGCACGCGACGCGUCUGUGCGUCGCAGAGUGGAGCCUCAGCGCCGCGCGCCCCGUGUGGUGCGCAGAGUUCGUGCACGCGUGA